AUGUUGGGGACACUUGGAUCUUUGAUUACCCUGAUUCCGCGCCUGAUUUUUCGCUUUCUCAAAGGGCUUCGGACACAUGUACGUGAGCCUCCCGGACCUUGUCAACUUCCUCUCGUCGGAGGCGCUUGGCGGCUUGGGUUUAUGCUUCAUGUGGAUUCUUUCAUCAAGAUGGCAAAGCAGUACGGAAACAUUUAUUCAAUAAAGCUAGGUUAUUUGGAUACUGUAAUAUUAUCUGGAUUCAAAGCCGUGAAGGAAGGCUUGAUCGACCAUUCAGAACACUUUGCUGAGCGACCAGUGACGCCCUUUCUUGCAGCUGUCGUUAAAAAAAGAGGUAUUGUAUUUUCAAACGGUCACACCUGGAAACAACAGAGGCGGUUUGCGGUCGCUGCCAUGCGGAAGCUGGGACUUGGGAAGAAAGGCAUGGAGCAUCUGGUAGAAGAUGAAGGUCAACAGCUGGUGGAGGUUUUUACACGUACAAAAGGUAUUGUAUUUUCAAACGGUCACACCUGGAAACAACAGAGGCGGUUUGCGGUCGCUGCCAUGCGGAAGCUGGGACUUGGGAAGAAAGGCAUGGAGCAUCUGGUAGAAGAUGAAGGUCAACAGCUUGUGGAGGUUUUUACACGUGCAAAAGUUUGCUCUUUCCUGUAGGUUUAUGAAGUUUUCCCGUGUAUCAUGAAAUAUCUUCCAGGACCUCACCAGAAAGCAAAAUCUGCUGCUAAGACUCUUCUUUCAUUUGCAAAGAAGCAAGUAGAAAGACAUAAGGAGCAACAAAACCUACAUGAACCUCAAGAUAUCAUUGAUUUCUAUCUGCUCCAGAUAGAGAAGAGCAAGGACGAUCCUAACUCUACCUAUAAUGAAGAUAACCUGGCUCAGAGUAUUUUUGACCUCUUUAUAGCAGGAACGGAUACAACGGCCACUACUCUCCAGUGGGCCCUGCUUCUUAUGGUGACUCAUCAGGAUAUUCAAGAAAAAGUCCAGAAGGAGAUAGAUGAUGUUUUGGGCUCCUCUUCCACAGUCUGUUAUCAGGAUCGGAAGAAACUGCCCUACACUCAUGCCGUGUUGCACGAGAUCAUCCGUACCAAAUAUAUUUUACUCUUUGGGAUUCCAAGACGAUGCGUGAAGGAUGUUGUUGUGGGAGGUUAUCUCAUUCGCAAGGGAAGCAUCAUUGCUCCAGAUUUGCGCUCAGUUCUUUUUGAUCCUGAGCACUGGGAGACUCCAGACAAGUUCAAUCCACAUCACUUUUUGGACCAAACAGGGAAUUUUGUGACCAAAGAAGCAUUUAUGCCAUUUGGAGCAGAAAUGAUCAUUAAGCAGCAGUCCUAG